UUUGAAUAUUCAUGGCAUGACCCCAUUAUUGCUAUAUAAAAAGAGCCAAGUGUCCAAUUCCUGAUUUCAGAUGAAGUAAAAGACAACCAAAUAUGAGUUUAUGCUCUGAUCUCACUGAGAAAUUAGACGAGGAGAUUUUAGAGGACUUGACGUCCAAUGUGAAGCAAAUACAAGACAACGUAUUGGAGGAGAUACUCACACUUAAUGCUAACACAGAGUAUCUUCGACGUUUUCUCCAUGGGAGCUCUAGUAAAGAGCUUUUCAAGAAGAACGUCCCUGUGGUGACCUACGAGGAUGUGAAGCCUUUUAUCGAUCGUGUCACGAAUGGAGAGCCCUCUGAUAUUAUCUCUGGCAACCCCAUUACCGGAUUCCUUCUAAGUUCUGGAACAUCCGGAGGAAAACAGAAGAUGUUUCCUCGUAACAACAAGUACUUGGAAAACAUAAAAUUCAUCUUUUAUUACCGAUCGCUCGUUAUAAGCAAGCAUAUAGAUGGUCUUGAACAUGGAAAGGGAAUGGUAUUUAACUUUUGUACAUCAGAGAACACAACUCCUUCUGGUUUGCCAUCAUCAGCUGCAUCGACGAGCUUCUUCAAGAGUGAUUAUUUCAAGAACCGACCAUCGUAUUGGCAUUGGUCUUACACAAGCCCUGACGAAGUCAUAUUGUGUUCAGACACCAAGCAGACUUUGUACUGUCAUCUUCUAUGCGGUCUUGUUCAAAGAGACGAUGUUGUGAAGGUUGGUGCCGCCUUUGUUACUAUUUUGGUCCGAGCAAUAAAUCUUCUUGAGAAUUCUUGGAAGGAAAUUUGCACUAAUAUCCGUUUUGGUCAUCUUAGUGAGUGGAUCACUGAUAUUAGUUGUAGAGACUCCGUUUCAAAGAUUCUUGGAGAGCCUAAUCCUGAAUUGGCUGAUCUCAUAGAAAAUGAAUGCAACAAUAAAUCAUGGGAAGGUAUAGUUCCAAGACUUUGGCCUAAAGCCAAAUUCAUAGAAUGCAUUGCAACCGGUCAAAUGGCUCAACACAUCCCAACAUUGGAGUUUUACUCUAACAAGUUGCCAUCGAUUUCCUCGAGUUACGUAUCUUCUGAAACUAUGUUUGGUAUUAAUAUGAGUCCUCUUUGCAAACCAGAAAAUGUAUCAUACACAUUUCUGCCCAACUUGUCAUAUUUUGAGUUCCUACUUGUUGAUGCCGGUGACAAAACCGAAAUUGUUGAUCUCGUGGAUGUCAAGUUAGGGUGCUAUUACGAGCCCUUGGUCACAAAUCAUUCCGGCCUACACAGAUAUAAGAUGGGUGAUAUUUUACUGGUGACUGGAUUUUAUAAUAAUGCACCUCAAUUUAGAUUUGUGCGUAGAGGAAAUCUGACUCUAAGUAUUCAUUUGGAGAUAACUACAGAUGAAGACCUUUUAAACGCGGUCACAGACGCAAAGAUGGUUCUUGAAUCAUCAAAUUUGAUGUUGAUGGACUUCACAAGCUAUGCGGAUAUUUCUACUACUCCGGGUCAUUAUGUUCUUUAUUGGGAGCUCAAAGCAAAAUACCGCAACGACAUUGUUGAAAUCGAUAAGAAUGUUUUGGUAGAAUGUUGCUAUGUGGUGGAAGAAUCAUUGAACAAUUCUUAUAGAGUAUAUAGGAGUAAAGGUGGAUUAAUUGGAGCUUUGGAGAUAAGAUUGGUGCAGCAAGGAACUUUUGAUGCUCUCAUGGAGUUUUUCAUCACUCAAGGUGCUUCUUCAACUCAAUACAAGACACCUAUUUGCAUCAAAUCUACUGAGGCCUUGGUGAUUUUAGAAGAAAAUGUCCAUGCUUGUUUCUUUACUGAUAAGUCCCUUUCUUUGAACUUUUCGUCAUAAUCUCUAUAUUAUGUAGGCAUUGAAAUAAAAGCUCGUGGUAAACAACAUGAAACGAGAUCAAACGCAUGCCCUUGAAACUCAUUUUUUAAGUGUAUCUCUUAUUAUUAUUUUAUUUUUAUGUAAGUGUAUCACUGUUGACACAUAACAUUUCAAAUGCCAAUGUAAAAGCAACGACUAAGGAAGAGUCUUGUGC